UUUUGAUAAGCAACAGGAGAAAAGCGUCAGCUUGUAACAUAAACAAUUCAUUUGAAUUUAAGACUUACACCAGAAAAAUUACAAGCUCAGAUAUUGAUAUUUGCAGAAGUGAAAACACUGGGGAAUACAUACGAACAUGGGUCGCAGUAAGGUGAUUAGAAAGAGGCACUUGCGACACUUGCGGCAUUCAAGUGAUCAAGAGCACACGGAGGACUAUUACCUGACACCCGAUGAGGUGCAGGAAUCGGUGCAGCGCUGGUCAUUCCUCUGGCGAUACACUCCGGAUUCGGAUUCCGAAACGGGGAGCAGUUCCUCAUCGAUAGUGAGGCAACGGGAUCCAGCUGCCUAUGGGGACUGGCGUUUGACGGGUGGAAAGUUCAAUUUCCAAACGACCGGCAGGGAAAUGCUGAUGAAUCUCAGCAAGUUCCCCUAUCCGGAGAUCAUCCAUCCGCCCGUCUUGCUGGAGACCAAGUUGCCCAAUACCCUGCGGGUCAAUCGGCGACCCUACAUCACCCACAAAAUCUUCGAGCACGUCAUGCCGGACAUAUACCAUCGGGCCAAGGAGUUCAUGGAGCCACCAGUGUGCGAGGGUGCCGUGGGCUAUGAUCCACUGUACUUUGACCCACCCAUGCUGAUCAGGCCACUGUGCAAGUACAGUAAGCCCCGGUACUUCUCACCCACGUGGAACAACACCAGCGAGGACUCCUGGAUGGAUGGGCGACGUUGUGCCCAGAUGCUGGUGGCCCUCAAUGAGUCGCUGCUGGAUGGCGAGAAGCUCCGAGAAGCCAUUGGACCAAGGUGGUCCAAGUACCUUCCUGCCAGGCGCAACAAGCUGCUGGCUGGAGUUCGAAAGGACACAAGGUGGCAGCGAUCCAGGGUGAGGUUUACCUUGAAUUCGGAAUCCGAUGGCACGGACAAGCAGUGGGCGGUGGUGGAGGAGGAGCAGCUGCCCUCCGAUGACUUCUACGCAGAGUAUGUGAAUGAGGAGCUCGAGACCGAAACGCAGCCAUCGUGGAACUCCUCAUUGUCCGAUGAGUUCAGUCCGAAGAUCACGCAAUCCCAGUCGGAUCUGAAUCUCGAAUAUCUAAGGACAAGUUCGCUAAUUAGGCGUUGCCAAAGUUUGAGCAGUAUUUAUUAGUUAUGUACACUUGUAAAUGUAAAGCAUUUGCUUGAGCCAAUUAAAAAUUAAAAGUCCAUUCAAUAAGAGAGACC